AUGGCGACUUUAGCCACGAUCGACGAGUCCGCCCUUUCUGACGCGUAUAUGUCGUCCAAUCCAUCUCCAGCGCCUCCUACCGACGAAGACGACCAAGAAGAGUUUGUUUAUCCAACAGACGACAACGAGAACCAAGAAGAAUUCGUUUAUCCAGCAGAGGACCACACCCACACACUUCCAGCAGCUCCUCCCACCCAACAUCCUUCCCCUGCCCAACUCGAAUCUCUCUACGCUGCGGCUUCCUCAGGAGACCUCGUACUUCUGAAACGUCUUUUCCGUAAUGCUCUUGACGGUGGCAAUGUAGAGUCGUUUAGUCUCUCAAAUGACGCUUCGACGCGUACAGGUCUCACUGCGCUCCAUGCCGCCUCGAGUCGUGGGUAUCUCGACAUAGUGACUUGGUUGGUCAAUGAUUGUGGUGCAAUGCCUGACCUGGAAGAUAAGGAGGGCGAGACUGCCCUACACAAAGCAGCCCUCAAUGGCCACCUGCACAUCAUCAAAUAUCUUCUCCCUGACAGAGCCGAUGUCAGGGCGCGGGACGCGGAUGGCUGGACCGCGCUUCACAAUGCAUGCUCCAAGGGCUAUCUUGACAUUGUUCGGUGGCUUUGUGAAAAUGGAGGUGCUUCGUCUGAACAUCAUGGCGUCCGAGGUGUCGAUGUGCGGAGUAAAGGAGGAUGGACACCUCUGAUGAAUGCAGCCUCCAAAGGGCAUCUACCAGUGGUUCUAUAUCUUUUGAACAAACAAGCCGCAAACCCACUCGUGCGGAACAAUUGGGGCGAAACAGCAUUUGACGCUGCCGCCGCUGUCUUCGAGGUUUGGAUAUGUGAAGUGCUUCAAAAGGCUGAAGCUGAACGCUGGCGUGGAACCACUGGAUCCUACAACCCACUUUCAGUUCACACUACUGUCCCCCUUAUCCUCUACGAACACCAACGCCUUGACCAUCGGCUCAAGACACUUGCCGUUUCUGGUGGUCGACCCAAGUUUUCUGCAUCAGGGUUAGGUCGACAGGGACGACCCGCACCAUUUCAACUCAAACUUCCGAAACCUGAUGAGGACACCGGUGUCCGGGAAAUCGCAGCGUGGCGUAGUGAUGUACAACUACCCACACGAAAUGACCCAUGGAAUCUCCCCAAACCUGGUCCCAGCGAUCGUCAGUCAGCGGAUACUAUCGAGAGGAGUCAUUUCUGGUUAUCUGACUGGACUCUGGAUGUAACGCCGCCCGGUGUUGAUGCAGAGGAAGGAUGGCAAUAUGCUCAUCAGUUCAGUGAUGCAGACGACCAAUGGACAGCAAGCAAGCCUCCGCAGCUCGAACGUGCUCUGGCGGGAACUGGUGUUGUAGCAUCAGGCCUUGGAGGGUCAUCCUCCAGGCGGAGUGCUGGCUCUUCUUCUUCUUCUCACGCUCGGGCGCCUUUGACAUGGGUGCGUCGUCGUCGAUGGGUCCGAGUGCUGCGUCGAAGACUUGACAUUCCACCAUUACCAUUUCUUGAACCUGACGGCGCAAUGUAUCAUCUGGACGAGGAAGGGUCCUUGAUUCCUUUUGUUGAUGAUGCAUUCAGUGACGGUGAUGGUCGGGAAAUGGACUCGGUUCGGGCCAUACGUAUGUUCACGCCAACCCAAGAUUAUGUUGCCCGCGCCAGGUAUCUCGUCGGUACCCAACCCGACCCAAACCCUGAUUCAAGCAUCGAGGCAAGACGUGCGAUCGCAAAACUUGAGCGGGCCACAACUGAACUGAGAACGGGCAUGCUAAGUGAUCAAGAUGCAGAAAGAAAACUACAAGCGGAGGUUCUGCUGAAUGCAUACAGUCGAGACCUUGAGCGUCGCCGAGUAGCUGCGACCGCCCGAGGGUUGGUGCUAUCUGAGACAGCUGACAUUGAACUCGAUGACGACGAGAGUGGUUCCGAUGACGAGUUUCAUUAUCCUGGCGCGACGGAGACAGUCCGACCAGGUUCAAGAACAUCCAGCUUAGUCACGGAUCAUUUUAGUCGGCCAGCAAUGUCAAGAGCACCCACUGACUUGACGCCGCAGCUUUCUCAAGCACCAGACUUUCGUGUGCCUACACAUGAAGCGCCACAAAAGGUACUCACUCCUGGCUGGUCGCCUCAUCAGAUGCACCCGACUUGGGAACGUGAUGAUGCGGCACAGCAAUGUCGAGACUGUCAACGUCGAUUUUCUUUCCUUCUUCGCCGAGUUCUCCCGCAGCACCACUGUCGGAAAUGUGGGCGUAUAUUCUGUGACCGCUGCUCGAUGUAUCGGGCACUACUUGAUCCCAGCGACAUUGUUCAGGACCCUGCCUUCCCAGAAACCGGCGCCUCGGCCAGUUCACAACGAGUUUGCUCAUCAUGCCAUGAUGAAGUGAACGCCAGCGUGCCGAGCAGACUUUAUGGGCUACGGGCCACAUCAAUGGAACGUAUAGAAGUGGAUCAAGAAAGAUUAUCCAUCCCCGGUCGCAACCUUUCUCGUCGCCAGUCCAGCUCACAAUUAAGCGACCUGGCCGAAUGUCCUGUUUGCAAUCGAAACUUGGAACAAGUGGGAGAUGCCGCUGCGCAAGAGUCGCACGUCAGAUCUUGUCUGGAAGGUGGCUCGGGGCCAGCUUCACACGCACCAAAAUACCUCGUCUACCGACUUCCAGCAGAGAGCACGUUGAUUGGAGUAGAAUGCGUCAUCUGUUUGGAAGAAUUCGUCCAAGGUUCAUCGGUCGCGCGACUAAGUUGCCUUUGCUCGUUCCACAACACAUGUUUAACGUCUUGGUUACAACGCGGCAAGAGCUGCCCCAUCCAUGCCCGCUGA